GCUGGCCGAUGCUAAUGAGCAAGUUGCCAGGCAAGACAGGAACUUCAUUCUCCUCUGUGUCAGGAUCACAGAAAUUAUGCCCCUUCUCUCACCAUGAGCUGGCUCUCCAGUUCCCAGGGAGUUGUGCUAACUGCCUACCACCCCAGCGGCAAGGACCAGGCUGUGGGGGAGAGCCACACACGGGGAGGUGAGGAGGCCACCUCGAGUCGGAGAUGUGGCCAGUAUACCAUGAACCAGGACACCACCACUAAAAUUACGGAGAAGCCUCCAUUUGAUCGAUCAAGUUCCCAGGAUUCCUUGGACGAACUAUCUAUGGAGGACUAUUGGAUAGAACUGGAAAAUAUCAAGAGAUCUCGUGAAAACAGACAAGACAAUCAAGAGGUGGUGGUUGUCAAAGAACCUGAUGAGGGAGAAUUGGAAGAAGAGUGGCUCAAAGAGGCUGGUCUGUCUAACCUGUUUGGAGACUCUGCUGAGGACCCCCAAGAGAGCAUGGUGUUUUUAUCCACACUGACCCGGACCCAGGCAGCAGCUGUUCAAAAACGGGUAGAGACGGUCUCCCAAACUUUGAGGAAGAAAAACAAACAGUACCAUAUUCCUGACGUCAGAGACAUAUUUACUCAACAGAGAGAGUCAAAGGAAAAAGCUCCAGAUGGUACUGAAUCGCAGUCAGUCAGAACAAAUGAAAACAAAUACCAAGGAAAAGAUGACCAGGCAUCUACCCCCUUUGGUGAUAAAGAGCUGAUGCUCCCAGUGCCUGAGGACACACCUGCCUCUGAAACAGACAUCAACCUGGAGGUGUCAUUUGCUGAGCAAGCAGUCAAUCAGAAAGAGGAGAAAACUCAGAAGAGUGAAAGCAAUGAUGCCUCAUUACCUGAUUUCAGAUUGCCAAAAGAUAAAACGGGCACCACCAAGGUUGGUGACCUUGCACCCCAGGACAUGAAGAAAGUUUGCCAUUUAGCCCUGAUUGAGCUGACCGCUCUCUAUGAUGUAUUGGGUGUCGAGCUGAAACAACAGAAAGCUGCGAAAAUCAAAACAAAAGAUUCUGGUCUUUUUGGUGUUCCACUGGCCACAUUGUUAGAACAAGAUCAGAGAAAAGUGCCGGGAACUCGAAUACCCUUGAUCUUUCAAAAACUGAUUUCUCAAAUUGAAGAGGGAGGUUUGGAAACUGAAGGCCUCUUACGAAUACCUGGAGCUGCCAUUAGAAUCAAGAAUCUUUGCCAAGAACUAGAAGCAAAGUUUUAUGAAGGGACAUUUAAUUGGGAAAGCGUCAAACAGCAUGACGCAGCCAGCCUGCUGAAGCUCUUCAUCCGGGAGCUGCCCCAACCCCUGCUCAGCGUAGAGUAUCUCAGAGCCUUUCAGGCUGUGCAGAAUCUUCCAACCAAGAAGCAACAACUGCAGGCUCUGAACCUCCUUGUCAUCCUCCUGCCAGAUGCAAACAGAGACACGCUGAAGGCCCUGCUGGAAUUUCUCCAAAGAGUCAUAGAUAAUAAAGAGAAAAAUAAAAUGACAGUCAUGAAUGUAGCAAUGGUCAUGGCCCCAAAUCUCUUUAUGUGUCAUGCAUUGGGUCUGAAGUCCAAUGAACAACGAGAGUUUGGAAUGGCAGCUGGGACAGCAAACAUCAUGCACUUAUUGAUUAAGUAUCAGAAACUUCUAUGGACAAUUCCCAAGUUUAUUGUCAAUCAAGUGAGGAAGCAAAACACUGAAAACCAUAAAAAGGACAGAAAAGCUAUGAAGAAAUUACUGAAGAAAAUGGCUUAUGACCGAGAAAAAUAUGAAAAGCAAGAUAAGAGUACAAAUGACGCUGACGUUCCUCAGGGAGUGAUUCGAGUGCAAGCUCCCAGUCUCUCGAAAGUUUCCAUGGCAAUACAGCUAACGGAAGAGCUAAAAGCCAGUGAUGUACUUGCCAGGUUUCUCAGCCAAGAAAGUGGGGUUGCCCAGACUCUCAAGAAAGGGGAAGUUUUUUUGUAUGAAAUUGGAGGAAAUAUUGGGGAACGCCGUCUUGAUGAUGACACUUAUAUGAAGGACUUGUAUCAGCUCAAUCCAAAUGCCGAGUGGGUCAUCAAGUUGAAGCCACUGUAGAAGACUGAAGCUACUGAUCCACUACCUCUACAAUCAUGCUUGCUGGGAUCAAGACUAUA